GCGUGGAUACGUCUCUGCGUUUGGGUUUCAUCUUAAAGCAGUCAGAGCUAAAGUCCCAUAACGCCAGUGAAUGUUAAGGCAGUAGCCGUAUGCUUUUCUUUCUUUAGAGCAGAUGUUAUCCACCCCCGCUUAGGAGCCUUUGGUACUGGCGGCCUCCCGGGAACGCUGGAAGACAGAGGACUGGAUGUAAACUGGAGUCUGCCGAGUGAUAAGUGGUAAAGCUGAGAGACCCACAGGGCCCAAAGGACACUGGCCCAGAGACUCUGAGGAAAAUGAAGUUUCACUGCCUAUCCUUCCGGCAGCCCUACGCUGGUUUAAUCUUAAAUGGAGUCAAGACUCUUGAGACACGUUGGCGUCCCCUGUUGAGCAGCCUUCAGAAAUGUACCAUUGCCAUCCACAUUGCUCACAAGGACUGGGAAGAUGAUGCAUGGCAGGAAGUGCUAGUGGAGAGAUUGGGGAUGACCUGGACACAGAUUCAGACCUUACUACAGGCAGGAGAAAAAUAUGGCAGAGGUGUGAUAGCUGGACUUAUUGACAUUGGAGAGACUUUUCAGUGUCCAGAAACCUUAGCUGCUGCUGAGGUUGUGGAACUGGAAACUCAAGCUGUGCUAACCAACCUGCAGCUGAAGUACCUGACUCAAAUUUCAAACCCCAGGUGGUUACUGGAGCCCAUACCUAGAAAAGGGGGAAAGGAUAUAUUCCAAGUAGACAUCCCAGAGCACUUGAUCCCACUGGAGAAAGAAUGGAGCACUGAAUGCUCUGGAAAACAAUUGGAUAAUGGCUCUGCCAGUAGACCAUUAUAGUGCGCACCUACAAAUCUCAGUCAGGGCAAUUUGAAUCUCCUACAGAGUGCUGUUCCAGACUCCUCUGCCCUCAUGAAGGUGGUGGCAGUGAAAACAUCCCUCAUGCUGAGGCUCUGCCAGCAAAGCUACAGAGCCUUGAGAACUUUGGCCUUUAGGGAAAAGAAAACCUCCCAGGAAAUGAUAUUUUGCUGAAGUUCACUUUGGUCCUGCUGUUUUCUGGAUUGCACGAAUAAAUCUGCUAAUGGUUAAGUGUU